GGGAGACGACGGUAGUGGUGGGCAAUCGUCCAACAGUCCAGACUCCAGAUUCGACAACCGCCGCAUCGCAUCCAGCGGCAAGAUCGGAUCGGAAUCAUCACGUGCCCACGCCGCCACAAUCUGACGGCUUAUCCAAGUUGAGCCCUUCGUCAUCUUGCCAGCGAGCCCGAAGCAGGCCCUCGCCAUCGCCAUGCUCAUGUUCCUUUCCGUCGUCAACAUUCCGCUACCUUGCUAGCCCUACGGCUACCACCAUGUGAGUGACCACAAGGGCUGUCUAUGUGUAGGUAUAUACGAAGUACAACUCGUGCAUUCACACCCGCUUCACCGACAUCGAUGCCGGCCAGGAACUCGCCAGCGGGGGCAAACGACGGGAGCGGGCCGCGCGCAUGUGACCGAUGCACGCGGAGCAAACGAGGAUGCGACAAGGCGUGGCCAAGGUGUGGUCGGUGCCAGAGGCUCAACUCGCCGUGCUUGUAUGAACCGCGCUCCAACUCGCCAAGCACCACCGCCCCUUCCGAUUCUCCUCAUCUGAUCGCGACGCCAUCCUCAAGCGAGUCGAGGACCGCGGACACUUGGACCAGUCCCGAGCACCAGGAUCAUGACCCCGAUCUUCUCUCGGCCAAGCUUAAGUUUGACUGGCGACAGACUGUCUCUCUAUUCUUUCAAACCGUUCACCCUUGGUUCAGUAUUCUGCGUCAAGACAGUUUCGAAGAGGCCGUCCUCCGACUCCAGUACGCUGGCGUACGGGUCGACAGCGGACAUGUCGAAGCCAGUUCCAGCCCGCAAGGCGACGCCUACGAGCUGUUGAUUAUAUGCAUGCACCUUCUCACAACGACAGCACAAGCUCGUGGAGAUGGCGACAUCAUUCUAGACCCCUUAUACCAAAACGCAAAGCAACGCUUCGCCUCGGUAUCAUAUCUAUCGGACCCGGCCUUGGAGUGGAUCCAGGCAGGCCUCCUGAUGUCGCUUUUCGAGUUUGGAAAUGGCAAGACGAAGUUGGCCUAUCGCAGCCUCAGCGAGACGGCCACACUCGCCCUUCUAGCCGGCAUCAGCCCUGGGCAGUAUCACAAGGAUCUGCGCUCAGAGUUUGACGAGGAUUCAGAGAGCCGUCGAGCGCUCUGGUGGGGGAUUUUCAUUCUUGACCAGUUCUCUCAUCUAGACCCCGCCCUCAGAGGUUUGCCGAGUCUAUUCAACAGUCCCGACGAAGAUGCUCUACUUCCCACUGCGAGUGUGAUUGUCGACAGCGACCGCCUCCAGAGUUUUGUCAUCAACCUGCCUGUCAGCGCGCCCGUCUCCAUCGCGCUAGGUGGGUUCCAAAGGGCUGCCCAGGCAGCUGCUGUUUUGUACCAAGCUCAUGAGUGGGAGAGAAAGGUUCGACAAGGCGACGCCGGCCAGGGUGUCUCCGACUUUGAGGAGCUGGACGGGAGAAUACGAGCUCUCCUAGACUCCAUGCUCAACCAGUGUCACAGGUGGGAAAUCUUUUGUGAUGCCCUUGCCAUGUGUAUCAGCUCCCUUUUCGUGCUGUACACGCCAUACCUACCACGUCAGUCGCGCCCUGUCCCGCAGGCCAAAGAUGCGACACCGAGCUGCGAUGAAGCAAAGGCCAUCGCGGCUGUGGGAUUUGCGGUCAAGUUUGUCGGUGACCUGGCUGUCAACUUCAACUCGCAGAUAAGCCAAACGGCCCUGCGCUUGGCGAAUCUUGCGCCACCCGCUCCCUUUGCUUGUUUCUUGGCCGUCGAGCACAUGCACCUGGUCCAAGGCGACAUGCCGGACUCCUGUGGGCGGCGCUCGGAGAUUUUUGAGACGUUGAGGACUUUUGGCAAGCGCUGGAAAGUCGCAGCCGACCUGCUUGACCUGGCACUUGAACGGGGCAAGUCAGCGGCGGUAUCCGUUCAAUGAUAUCGUGUCGUUACUCUAGCCUGGUUGCACAUUAUGAUCCGCUGUACAAGGAUCCAAUUCGCCGUCUAUUGCCGUUACAUACAUGUCUACUCCAUAAAAAGAAGAGUCCUUGCCAUUACAGAAUCUCAAUCUCAAAGUCAUCUCGGGUAAACAGCUCCCAUGCCUGGGCCGCAAUGUUGGUCGGGCUCAGAGUGUCAGCCGAUGGGCUAACGGGACCGCCGACCGUGAUGACGCCAACGUGAACACCCUGAGGCUUGUAGACGUCGGACAGAGAUUGCACCAUGUUUCGCUGCGCGGCCUUGACCAUGGAGAGGACGAAGAGGUCCGCAAUCGGAUACUUGGGCAGCAGCGAGCUCGUGACGAGGAACGAUGGCCGUGCUUGGGCGUCGGUGCGCUUGAGGUCGACGAGCUGGGGGAUCGCCCACUCAGCGGCAGCAUAGAGAGCUGUGCAAUUAAUCUAGCGAGUGUGUGAGUGUCGUUGCACCACAGUGAGUCUGGUAUGCACGU